CUCACACAAAUCGACGGAAGGCUCCUCGUGAGAUUCAGUUGUUAUGCCAGCUUAUCCCCAAGGUGCAAGCGAUCAUCGUCUAUACUAUCAGACAAUUAUAUCGUCACUUCGCUGACAGUCGUCGUUGCCCAUCGCAAAGCGUGCACCCAACAUGGUGACCUCACUCACCGCCAGCCAGCGUCAGGAGUGUCAGGAGUUUGCCCGUCCCACAAGCCGAGAUGACUUCCAAAUUGCGAUAGUCUGCGCCCUCCCUCUCGAAUACGACGCCAUUUCCUUGCUCAUCGACCAAGUUUGGGAUGUCAAGGGUGACCAACACCCUUUUGGCCGAGCACCUGGCGACCCAAACACUUAUAGAAAUGGGCGAAUCUCGAGCUUCAACGUUGUCCUGGUUCUCCUUCCCAACAUGGGAAAGGGGAACGAGGAGGAGGUACUUCUCGGCGAUGUCAUUAUAAGCAAUAUCCUGAUUCAGUACGACUUUGGGAGACAACUAUCGGACCGGUUUCUUGUCAGAGAUAGCAUCGAGGACAGCCUGGGCAGGCCCACUCAGCAUAUCCGUAGCAUGCUCAGGUUACUGGAGGUUGAAUCCAUACGCGAUGACGUUGAAGAUGACGCGGCUCAAUACCUUCAGAUGCUCCAGAAAAAGCACAACGGCAAUCCAAAACAGCGAAAAUUGGGCAAAUACAAGUACCCAGGAGCACACAAGGACAAGCUGUUCGAUUGUUCAUAUGAACAUAAACAUCAUGGCCCCUCCUCGGACUGCAGUCUUUGUGCACAGGGGUCUACCUGCGAGCGAUCCAUGGGACUGUCGUGCGAUGAUCUCCAUUGUGAUCUCAGUCGUCUAGUUCAUAGGGAGAGACUGGCCCAAAUGCAGAUAUCAGAUCAGCCCAUCUUCCCACUUCGUGUCUUUGUUGGUCGGAUGGGGUCCGGAGACGGGGUGAUUCGUUCUGCCAAGCAUCGGCAGGAGCUCGCCGAAAGGGGCGUCAUUGGUGUGGAGAUGGAAGGUGCAGGCGUUUGGGAUCAGUUGCCUUGUAUCGUGAUCAAGGGUGUAUGUGAUUAUGCUGACAGCCACAAAAACAAGGGGUGGCAGGACUAUGCUGCCGCGACGGCAGCUUCGGUAGCCAAGGCAGUCCUGGAACAUUGCGCGACACCGAUGGUGACUGGAAGGGAUGCUUCGCCUUAUGGUUCAGGAUCAGGUCACCACGCUGUGGUUCACGGAACGGUGAGCGGAAGCAACGUUGUGUUGGGUGGCAUACAUAGUACUGGAGGGAGUACCAACAAUGUUAGAAUCGGUAAUAACUGGGGGAGAGCGGCAAGUUGGGAAGAGAUAUGA